AAGCGAAAGCAGUCUUCGACCAGCCUCCAUCCGCCUCUAGUGUGUCUGAAUCUACUCCAAGACGACGGGCAGGAUUAUGCUUCAUCCCUCGAGCUGCAGCAGUGUGACUCAUUUGUUCCGUCGAUCCGCUCGCCCAUCAUCGGGUUCCGUGACAGCUUCGGAGACAGGCUCUACUUUUGGGAUUCGAAAACACAAAAGCGCACCCUUGGUUCUAUUGGAUUCAAAGGCUCGCAGGAACGUUACAUCGCCGGUCGGAUUUGUGGUAGUUACGGCCUCGUGGUGACUGCUCCAGCCGCGGCCAGCCCAAGCGACUCGCCAGAGGUCGGGCUCAGUUUGUACCAUUUGCACUCCGAUUCAGUCGACUUGGCCCAUGUGGAGACUGCCCCUGCACUCAGCAAGACAGGCCCAGCAACACAAAGCAAAACAGCGUCGGGUAUACAGAGGAAAGUCGUCUCUGAGAUGCGGCCGAAACACCCUCCUAAUGUGCACGAUCCAAAGUCGCCAGAGCUGACUCCAAGGAUGCUCUGGAAGCACAAAAGUGUGGCUCACUCUGUGGACCUGAAUGAGUCGGCCGUGGUUGUGCUUACUCUCAACCAUGUUGCCCGAGAAGGCACUCGAGCACCAGUUUCGUAUCUCAUCACGCUCCGAAACGCCAGCGAUGGCUCGCAGCUCGGCGUCUGUAGCGACGUUGCCAACGGAUGCGCUCUCGUCGUUCGAGUUCAUCUUCUACGCUUCGCCAUCAUGGUAGAAAUCCAGAGUACCAUCAGCAAUACUAGCUUUUUGGAGCUUCGCGGUUAUAGCUUGCGCAAGCUUGAGCGCAUCUGGACUCACACCAUCUCUGGCAACGACAUUCACUCGAUCCGCGGGAUCUCUUGGGAUGAAUCCAGAAUUGUUCUCAACAAGGCAUCGUCGGCCGGGCCAACAACUGUGAUGGCCUCAACCUUGGCGCCAACGAUGGAGGAUGACGAUGAGCAAAGACGCAAGAUUGCCGUACUUAACACCUUCUCUGGGGAGCCGACACUCUAUGACGUCCAGUCAGUUUCCAACGGAGUUGAUGACGCCCAGAAAGAGGGCAUCUGGCUGCUCUAUGAAGAUUUGUUUGUGGAUCAAUCUGGCUGCCAAACUCUCCAUGACGUCAUGGUGUGGAAGAGGGUCUAGGGGCGCUGUAUUACCCCCACUACUAAGAUGUAAUGGUUUGUAGUCAAGGCAACGGGAAGCCCGGCAAACCAGGAACAAGUAGCUAGCAGAGCAAUGGUGUUGCUGGCAAGAUGGCAGCAAUGGGCGGCAACGGCAACUUUCUCAUUGAGGGGGGUUGUUUUGCACACCUCGUUCAAAAUAACACAGAAUCGUGCUUUACAGCAUAUCCGAAAUGAAACGGGUCACCCCCGUUUUAACCAGGACAGUGUUUUUUUCUGGAACCUGAAUACACCCACCCACUCAUUGCAU